UUCACCCUCAUAGUAAAGUCCUGCCAUCACAUGGAGAUCACCCUUGCAUCGUUCACUUUAACUGAGGAAACAAUCGCACCUCAAUUCACUCUCCCUGGAUGAUACUUUUAACCGUCAACUCUCUUCUCUGCGGUUGCUUUUGCUCUCAACAAGACCUUGUGUAAACAAGAAGAAAAAGAGGAAAAAGCGGUUUUCGGAGGCACAUUGAACCAUAGUGAGGCUGUAUGCAGUGGCUUCAGCAGCAAUGUCAUCUCUACUUUCUCACAAUAAAGAGCAGCUCCGCAUCAGAAAGACCCUGUCUGACACUUCUCCAGCUUCAUCCCCUGCCAGCACAAAGAGCCUGAGGCACGAGAGACUGUCUAGAUUGGGCUCAACUGGGUCACAUGAUGUCUCCAACAACGCAUCAACAAACCACGCUGAGUCCUAUUUCUUACGAAGGGAGAACAGACUGUCUGCGAGGAAAAAGGCAGAGGAAGAGACCAUGAACAGUGACUAUAAAAAGAUGUAUGAAAAAGCGCUGGCCACCAAUCAAAGGCUCAAAUCCCGUUUGGAAACAAGCAAACAAGAGCUUGCAAUGAUUCAGGACCAGCUGCAGAGAGCACAGAAUGGAAGUGAUUGUAGCUCCAACGUGCUUGAGGCUGAAAAAAAGGAAAGUUGGAGCCUUAAAAAGAGGAUAUCUGAUAUGGAAGAACAGUUAAAGCUUUUCUGGCCUUUCUCCUCAGGUUAAAGCAGAUCUGAAGAUGGAGAACCAGAGACUGAAAGACGAAAAUGGGGCUUUGAUUCGUGUCAUCACUAAACUGUCCAAGUGAGACAGGAAGCAGGAGCAGGAGGGCAAAAGAGGAGGACACUACGAGCCACGUUAUAUCAAUAUCCACUGCCAAUUUAGAGCAGCACAAACAAACCUUUCUCUUUCUUUCAUGUUAAAAUAUCAGUUUGGAUUUCAUUUUAAGGAGUAUUGUUUUUUUUUUUAUCGUGUUGUUUUUAAGAAGUGUUGUGUACUCCUGUCCGGGUUGUCUCCAGUGAGUGAAGAUGAAUCUAGUUGGCUGGGCUUCAGUGGACGUCAUGGAAGACGUAACUAAGAGGCUCAAUAAAGUAAUGACUCCAGGGAAAAUGACCAAGCGAGCGAUCGAACAAGAAUAAAUCUCAAAGACAGUGACGUAACAACCUGACCUCCACACCGACAGGGAGAUGGCAGCUGUUCAUUUCCACUUUGUUGUGUCUUUUUAAAGUAAAAAUCCAUCUUCUGAAAAUAUUCCAGAGAUUUCAUAAAUGUUCAUUGUAGUUAUUGUUAAUGUGUUAAUUAAUAAUCUUGAAAUAAUAGCAGUGUAAAAGGAUGUGUGAAGACACAUCUUAGAGCUGUAAAUGAGCUGUUUUGUAACACAGUUGGACACAAAAACAUUCAUUCAUAAACUCUUUUUUAUGUACAUUCACAAAAUAAAUACAUAUUAUUAUUGUUAUUAUUAAAAUGAUUUAACUUUGUCUUUU